GCCUGCAUUAAAUUGUGACUGUAUGGCAAUUUUUAAGUCAGUAACUAUAAUUUUGAUUUAGAAAAAUUCCAAACUUGGAAAAUGGAAAAUGUCAGUCAUCUGCCAUUAGACCUAAAUUCUUUUUCUCUCUUCUUUGAUCCAGAUAAACCCAGCAUGCACACACCUGAAACCUUGGUGAGAAGUCAUGUUGUGUAUAAUGCAAAGUUCUUGGGGAUCACAGAAGUGGAGCAGCCCAAAGGGACAGACAUGGUCCGUGUGGCCGUCAGGAAGCUGAAGUUUCAAAGGCACAUCAAGAAGUCAGAGGGGCAAAAAACUCCUAAAGUGGAGCUUCAGAUCUCUAUAUAUGGUGUGAAGAUAUUGGACCCUAAAACCAAGGAGAUGCAGCAUAACUGCCAACUUCACAGAAUGUCCUUCUGUGCAGACGACAAAACAGAUAAAAGAAUCUUCACCUUUAUCUGCACAGAACCCGAGACGAAGAAACACCUGUGUUACGUGUUUGACAGUGAAAAAUGUGCGGAGGAGAUCACUCUUGCUAUUGGACAAGCCUUUGAUCUCGCCUACAAAAAGUUCCUAGAGUCUGGUGGAAAAGAUGUAGAGACGAGAAAACAGAUUGGAAACCUUCAGAAACGAAUUCAGGAUUUGGAGAUGGAGAACUCAAAACUGAAGAAGAAGCUUAAGGAGCUGGAGGAUCAGCUGAUGGAUUCUCGCUGUUCACCAAAGCCGCCUGCCUUGUCCUGGUGUGGUGAUGAUGUCACAUCACUGUCCAGCCUAGAGAUCGCCUCUGUCACUCUAACACCUGUCAGCUCACCCGAUUCCAGCCAAUCAGCAAGCUUGCUCACCCCGCCACCUGCUAAGCCCACCCACUCACAGCCCACAAGUGGUUGCAUCGUGCCACGACCUCGUGCUGGAAGCAUACAAGCUAGAGCGCCCUCUACUGACAUAUUUGAUAUGGUUCCAUUCACCCCCGAAUCUCCAAUAACAAGACGGCUGAACUGUAACAGCAUCUCAUCUCCGUACCUGCCUCCGAAAAAAGACAGAGAUAUCGACCUGUUUGGAAUAGAACCAUUUGAUCCGUUCAUUUGUGGAGAUGCUGUCUUCACCCCAGACAUCCAGUCCAAACUGGAUGAGAUGCAGGAGGGGUUCCAAAUGGGACUGACUCUAGAGGGGACGGUGUUUUCUCUGGAUCAGGUGGACAGCCAAUGCUGAUUUUGAAAAGACAUUUUUGUAAAUGCUGUGAUUCUUCAUCACAAAAUCUUCAAAAUAUAUUGCAUAUUAAAUAUUUGAUUCUGAAUUGAGUUUGAAAGAAAUGUUGCAGGAGCCUCAAAAAAGUCUGUAGAGGUCAUUUCUAUUUUUCUAAGAUAAAAUCAGCAUUUAAGAUUGUACAUACAUUUUAUGAUUUGUGUAUUUUCACUUCUUAAUCUUAUAACAGAAACUGUUGAAAAAUGAGAGAAACAAAAUAUACUGUAGCCCUUUCUAAAAAUGUUCGAACCAAAUUUAGAUUGUUUAAAUUCAAAGACGCAUUCAUUCAUGGCCAAAAGUUGUUUAGAAUCUUUUAUACCAAAUUAUGGAAAAAAAAGAUAAGGUGGUUGGAGGCAGUUGCUCAUGUUGUAAUGGUGCAAUCAUAACCUGUAAUGUAUCUAAAAAAAAGAUUUAUUAGCCUUGAAAUAAAAAAAAAGAAUUAAAAAUUGGUGGGUCUUUGAUAUGUUCAGCAAGAUCAUUGCUGAGGUUUAUAUUUCCUGAUGUUCAGAUCCUUUUUAUUUUCAUUGAUGGCUGUUUUAAUAUUUGUUAAAUGCGUCUCACAUGCUCUUUGGUGGUGAAUAAAAGAAAACUGAUAGAAAACUAUAUUAGCCUUGUGCUCUUUUUUAAACAACCACAAACAGUAACUCUAACAAAAGAGUUCUUGUUUUCAGACAUUUAUUCAUGGUAAAAAUCAAUGGAGGUCUGUUGAAAAGGAAUUCAGAUGUUUAAUUUGGUAUUCAUUACAAACAAUUGACACCCCCUUCCCCCCUUUAAGAGUACAGUUGGGCCUGUGCUGUAAAAAGCGGGAUAAAGAGUUCUUUGGCAUGUAUUAUGGGUUAAUGAGCCUUUUAAUGAGACCGGCAUUGGUUUAUGUGAGAGUUCUCAUUAAUAGUAAAGUAUAAAUAAAUCAUCUGUCCAACAGUUUGCUAUCAAAAAAAAAAAACAAAAAAAAAAACAGUCGUUUUCAAGCCUUUGAAA